UUGCCAAUCGUUUGUUUUCCAAAUCCCAUGGCCAGACUCUUGGUCUCUAUCCCUAUGCAGCCCACCACACAAACGGCCUUGCCGGCGUUUGCAUCGCCUUUAGUUCAGCCGCCGGCGAAUAAUUUACUAGGAGGAGCUGGGGGAUUAUGUCUUAACCGGAGAAACAGAGACCGUUCCUACGUGGCGAGAGCAGGGCCGAGUACGAGUAGCUACUUGCUCGCGUUCGCAAUUCCAGCUACUCUUAUCGCCGCCACCGUCUUCACUUCAGCCAAAAUCGCUGAUAAGCUUGACGAUGAUUUCCUUGAAGAUAUUGCGUUGAACCAAGCGAUAAAAGCAGCAGAAGAGGGAGAGAAUGCUGAAGGUGAAAUCUCGCUGGACGAUGUGAUUAAAGAGCCUGUGCUUCAACGGACCCGUAAACGUCCUAAGCGUGACGUUUAGCCAAAACACACACAUAAGCUUCUUCUUAAUGAGAUUCUCCAAUGUAAUAUCUUGUGUUUGUACAAGGAUGUAAGCUUGUAGUAAUCUUCCGGGUCACAUUUAUAUAGUUGUAGUUACUGAAAAAUUACAAAAUAUCAUCACAAUACUAAAAGCAGCAUAUUCUGAAAA